AUGGGUCAACUGCAAUCCAUUAUAUGUCCGUCUCCUCUUCCCUUGUUCCCCCAAUGCCUUCCCUAUGCCACCUUCUUCUCUCUUCUUCCAGUGACAUCCCAAUUCCUUCAUCAGACUCAUCUCUGCUGCUUCACCAAACGCCUCUCUACUGCACUGAUCUUACUGUUUUCUUACAGUUGGCAAUUUGAAGUGUAUAAGGUGGCAACAAUGUUUGCAGUGAUGUUAGAUACUGAUUACAUGACAAAACCUGUGUCCAAACAAAAUUUCUGGAAUGAUUGGAGGAAGAUAUUGGGAAGGAAUCACACAAUCCAGAGUUUAGAGGAUUGUGAUUUCAAACAAAUAUACGACUGGCAUCAAAGGGAAGAGGAGAAGAAGAAGCAAAUGAGUACAACAGAGAAAAAGGUUCGUAUCAUUGCUGCUCAGGCUCUUAGCACCAUGGCAAUCAGAUCGGGUGAGCCUUACAUGAUACAAAUCUAUGAAAUUUUACAUGCUCUGGCACAAGGGGGUGUGCAGUCUCAGUUUUCAGAUAUGCAUAUUAGUAAUGGGGAAGAUCAAGGAGCUAGUGGUACGAGUCUUGGAUCUCUAAUUAGUCCAAUGCUCAAGGUUCUUGAUGACAUGUAUAGUGCACAAGAUGAUCUCAUAAAGGAAAUGUGUAACCAUGAUAAUGCAAAAAAAGAGUGGAGUGAUGAAGAACUGAAGAAGCUAUAUGAUACACAUGAAAGGCUUCUAGAUCUUGUUUCAUUAUUCUGUUAUGUUCCAAGAACAAAGUAUCUACCUCUAGGGCCAACAAGUGUAAAACUGAUUGAGAUAUAUCGGAACCGGCAUAAUAAUAUUUCAUCAAGUGGCAUGAGAGAUGUUACUGUAGCUAUAGGGAUUUCUGAACUAUUAUAUGAAUCCAUAAAACCAGCAGCUGUGGAGUCUGACAAUAAUCUUGAUGAUGAUAUGGUAAAUGCUUGGGCAACAGGUCUAGCUGAUGAUGGUUUGUGGGGAAGCAAUUCUCCUGCAGUGAAUAGGGAUGCAGGAGGACUUCUGGAUCUUCUUCUCCAGAUUCUGUAGGGUCGGUUGAGACAUCAAUUUCAUCCCAUUUUGGAGGAAUGAAUUAUCCAUCCUUGUUCAGUUCCAUACCAUCAACUUAUGGAACUUCACAACCCAC